AUGGAUGUGGUCUGUAUAUUUCAUGUUGAUCUGACGGAAGGAGGAAGGUACAAAGCUGGGCGUUGGCAAAGGUACACAGGUACGGCAAGAGCGUGGUGGGGUACGCUAAGGUCAGUCCUUGGAGUAUAUAAGGCCCCGGGACCCAGCAUCCAGCAUCCAGUAGUCUCUUGGCAACGGAACAACAUCAUCAACAUGAUCAAGAUCGCUCUUCUCUUCGCCUUGGCCGCCGUCGCCGCAGCAGCCCCCGGAGUCGCAGUCGUCCCCUUGGCCACCUCCCACUCCAGCAUCGUGAAGACCUCAGUGGUCCACCCAGUGCCAGUCGUCCACGCUGCCCCUCUGGUCCACACCGUUCCAGUAGUUAAGGCUGCCCCAGUGGUCACUCCACUAGUCCACGCUCCAUUGGUCCACGCCGCUCCAUUGAUCCACACCGCUCCAGUCGUCCACGCUCCACUCGUCAAGACCGUUCCAGUCCUUCACCACGCUCCAACCGUCCUUGUCCACUAAGGGAUCUAUCAUCAGGACCCUUAACGCAUCCGUCCCAAUUAACCGAAUCCCUCCAGUGUAAUUUAAUUGUAACUAAAUAAAUAAUUUUAUUAUUUAUGUAAUAU